AUGCAUAAUUCUGUAACAAAAACUCCUUAAUCAGCUUAGACAUCGUAUACUAGACCAUAAACUGCACUGACUCACACAAAAUAAAUAUUGUACUAUUUGAUCUUAGAGAUUAGGAUGUCUUAACCUUCUGAAGAUGGUCUUGAUACAUCUAUUAAAAACAAUAGAUAUACAAAUCCUACCAGUCUUACACCUAGAAGCUUAAAAAAAUUAUAAGAAAGGAAAAGAGUUGAAGGGAUUAGUAAAUCAGAAGUUGGGACUUGUAAUUUGAGAGUUAAGAAUGAUUAAGCUGAAAUAGAUGGUCCUGAAGAUUAUUUUGAUAAGGAGUUAAAGAUAAAUGUUGAUGAAUAUGAUUAAUUCAGAAAGAACUUUCAUCGCAUAGUUUUUGAUGCCUUUGGCAAUUAUAUAUACACAAAACCAGAAGCUUUAGAUGACGAACUAAAACAAUAAGUUAAUGUAAAUAAUAUUUUCAUUUACAUAAGAGUGCAUUAAAUACCAAAACCAAAGUAACAUCCUAAAAUUUGUAACGGAAAUUAAUGCUCAAAACUCAAAGUUUUUAACCAAGGAAAAUAAUAGAUGGACUUGUUAAAAAUGCUUCUGAAAUAGCAACAAUGAAUCCUAGAAGAAAAAAUAUUAUGGAUAUUAAAUAAAGAGCUGAAUAAACACUACAUCAAAUGAUUCAAAACGUUGCUAAAGAUAAAAUACUUGCUGAAUCUAAAGCAUUAUUACAUGGGAUUAGUUUAUAGAUGUUAAAUUAAGUUGAUAAAUUUAUAAGAGAGAAGUAUUAAUUUAAUUAAACAUAGUUCUGAACUUAAAGAUUAAUUAGAAAUGGCAAAAAAUAAAAUAUUUGAAUUACAAUCAUCCAAUGAAAGUCUUAAUUUUAAAAAUUAACAAUUAUAAAAAGAAUUAAAAUAAUCAAAAGUUCAAUUAGAUGAUAUUAAAAGAGUUAGUGUAGAUUUAGAAAAGUUUUUACCUGAAUAUAGAAUUAUGACUAAAAAAUUUGUAGAUUUUUCAGCUGAAAAGAUUAUUGAUAGAUAUGAAUAUUUUGAAAAUACUGUUUUAACAUUAACAAAAAAAUCAGCAGAUUUAGAGGAAGAUAAAAGAUUUCUUGAAAAAUCUCUAUAAUAAUAAAAAAGAGAGUUUGAAGCUAAAAUUUAAGAUUUAUCUAUGUAUAAAGUUUAAUAAUCAUCUAAUCAAAAUUAAAAUUAAGAUUAACCAAACAAAGAACUUGAAUAAUAUAAAGAAAUGUACAUGACAUUAUUUAAAAAAAUUAUGAAUGUUUAUUGUAAUUGGACUACAAAAGCAAAAGCUCUAUUACCUGAUAAAAUGGAUGAUGGACCAAGAGCAAAUUUGGUUGAUCCUAUAGAAAUGUUAUCUAAUUUAGAAAAAAUGAUAUAAAUUUCAUCAAAUGAAAAACUAUAAGCAUAUCUAAGGAAAGUCAUUGUUAGUGCAAAUUUAUUAUAAAGGAAAUAUUUCCCUGAAGAAGUCAAUCUUAAAUUUGAUCCCGAUAAAAUCUAUGAUAGAUUAGUCAAAUAUAUUGAUAAUUAAUCAAGUGUAAUUUUGGGAUAUUAAAAUAGAGAAAAAGAUUUAAAAAAACAAUAAAGAAAUGUAAAUUAAUUAUUAUUAUCAAUAUAUAUAGUUUAAAUAAGAAGAUGAACACUAAAUUUUAAAAGAGGUCAUUACUUCUGAAAAAGUAACAGAAAUGCUAAAAAAAGAUUAAAAUAGCAUAAAUUUAAUAAGAAAAAGAUUAUUUUCAAAUGAUUCUGGUUAAUAGGUUGAUCCUGAAAAGGUUGUUGAGAAAUUAUUCAAAUUAAUUGAAACAUAAUCUAUGUAGAUUAAGAACCUUUCUUCAAAAGAAAAAUUUAACUAAAGAUCACUUAAAUAAUUGGUAUAAAAUUGUUAUUAUAGUAAUUUAAGUUAAAAACAGAAGACGAUAAUUAAGAUAUUAAUGAAUUCAUAAUUAAUUUUGAAUUAGAGAAGUGA